AUGCCUCACGUCGACAUCUUGUUCAACCAGUUGCAGAAGAGAAAAACCGAGCCAGCGCAAGUUAAAACGGCUAUAGAUAAUUUUGAAAAAUGUAUUGUCGAUGUGAGAAAUAAAAUUGAUGACAUAAUAAAUGAAGCCAAAAGUAUUUGCACUGAACCCCAAGGCAACAAAAGGAGACAACGUAAUAAUAGCAGUCACGAUCACCGAGUUGCCGCAUUAGAAGUAUGCGACAAUAUAGAGAAUUCUGCAAAUGACAGACUUCAAUUCAAAGAUCAUUUGGUAGCCGCAUCCUUUUUUUCCCCGAACAGUUUGGAGAAUACUGUGGUAAGUUUCCUGAUGACUGGAAACUACCUACUUGGCUUAUCCCGAAUUAGAAAAAAGUCGUUUUCUGUUAUUUAUGCACGGAAUGAUUGCCGAGAUUUACACGGAACUCUGUCUCUGAAAUUUUUGAUACAAAAUAGUUUGGAGGAAACACUAAAAGAAAUAACAAAGGUAUUAGAAAUUAUUGUUAGAACUCCUAUGUCAACAUCAGAGGCUGAGCGAAAUUUCUCAACACUGGAAAGAAUAAAGACCUUUCUUCGAAAUACUAUGACCCAGGAUCGCCUUACAGCGUUGUCGAUGCUGUCCAUUGAAAAGGAAUUUAUUUCGACCAUGGAAAAUUCCAACGGGAAGGUGAUCGACAAAUUUGCUGCCAAGAAGGAGCGCAGGAUCGAACUGACAUAUAAAAAAUAG